CUUGCACGUGAAACAAGACUUGUUUCAAAGCUGGCCUGCAAUUGUAAUAUCGACAAAGAAAUUUAUAAAGAACACGCAGGGCCAGAGAACGGAGAAAGUAUAGGGAUUAAAAGAAGAUACAUAGACGUCUUCACAAGUGUCCUUAAAAGCGUUGAAAAACCGCAUUCAUUGUCGCGUGUGUGCCAGCAAGCUCUCUCGUUUCCUACUUCUGGUUAUGGAAUGAACCGAUGUUCGACUGAAUUUUACGGUUGUCCGUACUGGUUUAGGUUCUGCUACCAAACAUCAUCAUGACCCCAAUGAUGCGGCUUUUCCUGCCGUUAUUACCGCUGAUAUUGUCCCCCUACUCGACUAUGAUUUGUUCAGCGAGCGGCGAUGGUGGACCUAAUAGCCCAAUCUUCAAUCUUGAUAACACCGCGCUAGAAAAAAAUCUAGCGGCAAUAUUUAACAAAGUGGCGCACAGCUCGGCGACGACAAAGCGCAGCGUGCCAGCCUAUGAUGCUCAAGUUUCGGCCAGUACAACCCUUUCGACGGUACCGUCACCUUUGACGACGACCACCACGACCACAACGACGAGCCCGUCGAUACCAUCUGUCAGGUAUCCUCCCGUUCCUCGGGCGACCAUGUCGCCAGCCUUUCGCGAAUUACCUUCGUACGCUCCUCCUUCCCGUGCCCUCUUCACUCCUCCUUUACCGCCCGAGUACCUUCAUCCAUUCGCAAAUAAGCCGACGCUGAGAGGAACCAACUCGGAUGUUCAUUCGAGUCUCAAGAGACCAGUACCACCGCCAAGCGGGACCCCGGCUCAUGAGAGAAUACCCAUCAGGCCACCUGACCUUCAGGGUCCCUCUCAAGUGCCGGAAAGACAUUCUCAUUCUAGAAACAAACCAUUGAAUACGCCCAGUAAGGAGCAGAAUGUGUUAGAGUCCAGUGAGCCGGACAGAAGAAACAAUACCAAUGAGUUUGUACCUACUCUGCAUUAUCCUAGCAUCUCAAGAAUAUUAUCGGGCAGCAAUGGCCGUAAGCAAGAUAUACCAGAAAUACUUUUGAAGCCUCUGGCUACGAAAAAUCCUGCGCAAAAUGCACCGGUGAUCCCGACCACCGAAAAAAUGAGCACACCAUCCACCACAACGGCCAGAACAUUUAGCACACUGGAUUCUUCCAAAUCUGUUACGCAACCGACGAUUUUCAACCUGCCGAAUACCAAAAGACACGAUGACGACAGUUACCAUGGUCUUAGGAAUGAAAAUGGUUUCAAAACGGAGAAUAUCGAGAUCGUGGAUACGGAAAGACUUCCAUAUCCUCAGCCACAACCUCCUGCUCCACCUCCGAAGAGGCCAAACGAAGCUGGUGAUCGUACUGUCCCGCAGAUCGACACGCAUCCCCUUGAAUCCACCUGGCGGAUCGCUUGGUUCCUCCAUGUAUAUAUCGCAGCAAUUAUGUUCACAUUAAUGGCCCUAUAUUCGAUCUACAAGAUCGUUCGUUUCAACGAGGCAACGAAUCUACUCACCCAAUCGUACUUCCUUACGGUCCAUUUGCUUCUCACAACCGUAUGUACCUUGAGGUGUUUUCACUUAUUUUAUGACGCUUAUAAUUUAGGCCGUUCACUGCCCGAGCCUUUAUCCCGAGUGCUCAUGUACCUACCGGCACCUUUAUUAUCGACGGCGUUCGCCACUUUGGUACUAUACUUGGCACAUUGCUCAGAGGCGCCCUCGUUGAACAACAGGUUCCUCUCGCCAGCAGCGCUGGUUCUGUCUUCAACGAUUCACGUAGUCCUUUGCGUCUCCCUGCACGUGUCUACGCACGUGCUUGGAUAUCAGGAUGAGGCGAAAAUAUUACCGUUGAUCUGUCAGUGCAUUUACAUCAUUGUGUGCGUGACGCUUGGUCUUGGUUACAUGUAUGUUUAUCGUGUGGUACGUACGCAAAUAUUGCUAACGAACAACAAGACAGCUGGAACAAAUCACAUAGUCGGUGCCGAUCCUACCACCAUGGCCUUGAGCACCGCCAUCACAACCAGUAUCGCUACUGCUCUUUUCUUCAUUUUGAUGGGAUUCGUCCAGCUGUACGGUAUCUUCGGUAACGUCCAGGAACGACCGCAAUCGUAUCCAUGGUUAUGGUGGGGCUGGCAAUUCUCCGUUAGAUUGCUGGAAUUGGCGGUGUGCGGUCUUCUCGCCUGGGUAGCUAGUCUAUCCCAGUAUCCGUUACGGGAGAAACAGCUACAACAACACCCGGUUCACUCUGGCUUCGCUCUAUUUCCAUGCGGUAGCUCGACUUCCACCGAGAAUAUGGACGACGUGCUUUACCCAGCUAUCUGCAGUACCAACCAGGCGAUCCAGAAUUACACAAUGAGAACUGGGAAACAGGUUUAUGACGAUAGUUUCCCACUGAACACGCUGCCCGAACAUUUGAACAUAUCAGGUACUUUUGAAAGGCAUUCCAUUCGCAAAUCAGGCACUAUGGGCCAUUUCCCACACGAAGGUCGUGGCUCGUUAAACCGACACGGUAAUGGGAUACAAACUCUAAGAAACUCCGAAAGUCGUGGUAGACAUACACCGGUGCAGCAGAGUAGUGGAGGUGGUGUUCAUGAACAAACCCCGACCACUGGUUCAACGAUGCUCGUCGCUGAAGAUGGUUUCGUAAGGUUCCGUAGCCUGGGAGCUGAGGAUGACGAACUAUCUGACACACCAAGCGUUGUUGGAACCCAUGGUAGAGGAAGUUCGUUGACCGGAAGCGUGAGAUUCAAUACGAGACACCCAACGCUACAGCAUCAACAUCCUCAUCAACAUCAACAUCAACAUCAACACUCAUUGCAACAUCCACUUCAGAGUCAACAUCAAGCUCAUCAUCAAUUGUAUAUCAACACGUAAAAGUCUAUUGUUCCAAGUGUUCCAAACGAUAACUUCUUAUUUCCAUUAAUUUGAUUAACGAUCAAAGGAGAUCGUCAAUGAAGAUAUAAAAUAUUCUGUGGCUCCCUCUGGCGGCUAAUGGUCUAAACAACUUCGAAGAAACAGAAAAAUUUUAUCUUUACUCUGUAAGAUACGUCCUUGUGUAUAAACAAAACCUAAAGCGAAAAUUUGAAAAAAAAUUAAGAAACUUGCCAUUUGCAAUCUCCCGCUUCGCAUCUGCAUCUGAGCCGAACUUUUGCUGUUCAUGAUAUUCACAAUAUUUAUUUCAAAGUUCGUGAUCGAGAGGCAGAGAAGAAAAAAUAAUGGUAUAAAAAAAUGGAGAAAUGUAUACGCAGAACUCGAUAACAGAGUUUCUUUCCUCUACCUUAACGUGGGUAGUGUUCAGGGUAUCUCGAACUGUACAUUAGGCAUUUGGUACUUAUUAAGAUUCAUGUGAUUUAAAUAAACGAUUGUAUAUUGUCAAUGAAAAAGAGAGAAGGAAAUAAAUUUUCUUUUAUUUUUCUUUCUUCGAGUAGUGAAAAAAACUCGGCUGUGGAACGUAUCGGUAUAACAUGUGAUUCGAUGAUAAGUUAUAAUGAUUCUGCGAAUACCUAUUGAUACAUUAUUUAAUAAUUUAUUUUUCUUAUAAUUUCUUUUAGUUUUUAUAACAUUUAAGAUAAUCUUUUUUAAUAGCACUAUUUUAACGAAUACUCGAAUUUUUCUGCAUUGUUAAAUUUUAAUUAAUAAAAUAUAAACAACGUAUUCUUAAUUAAAUUCAAGGUAUUCGUAAUUAAAUUCAACAUCAUUUUAUCACUUGUUUAAUCGAUACGCGUAUACUUCCUCGAGAUCAUGCAUGCACGUGUUCCACGGCAUAUCAUUUUGCGAUCAACAGGAAGUAUGUUUUAUAAUGAAAAAUAAAAGCUAAAAAAAGUUUUAAUAAAAAAUGGAAAUUUAUUAACGUGGUCCAAAUAAAACGAAUGAAAAUGAACGAAAAAUAACUCGAAAAAUUUGUAGUAAUUCUAUGAAAAUUCCAAGCAACAAGCGGAGAUGUACAAUUUCUUUUUAUUUUCGUUGUAAAGUUGAAAGAAAUUAAAUAUGAAAAUAAUGUUGAAAAUGAAGA